UCGAUUUGUCAUUGUUCUGCUGGGGCCUUCUGACACCACAACAGAGCGAUUUGGGACUUGGACUGGCAGACAAGAAGCUUUAAAUAACACGAGGAAUGAACAACUCAUACCACUGACGGGUACACCAAUUUUGUAACUAUAGGAGAAUCAACUAUAAUUGACUAAACAUACAAGAAUCAGUCAUGCGUACCUGCGAUCUUAGCAUGCUGUUGGCUGUGCUGCUAUUGUGGGGACCACCGUGGUCCAACGGGCAGAAUGACACAGAGCCCAUCAUUCUUGAGGGCAAAUGUUUGGUAGUAUGUGACUCCACACCCUCAUCUGAACCUGCUGGGAACGCCCUGGGCAUGUCUGUUCGCUCGGGGAGUGGCCGAGUCGCUUUUUCCGCCAGCCGCCAGACCAACCACGAACCUACGGACAUGAGCAAUCGCACAAUGAUCAUCUACUUUGAUAAUAUCUUGGUGAACGUGGGCAGUCAUUUUGAUCAAGAGAGCAGCGUCUUCCUUGCACCAAGGCGAGGCGUUUACAGCUUCAACUUCCAUGUUGUGAAAGCCUACAACCGACAGACCAUUCAGGUCAGCUUGAUGGUGAACGGCUGGCCGAUGAUUUCGGCUUUCGCCGGGGACCAGGACGUUACCAGAGAAGCGGCCACAAAUGCUGGUUUGGUGAUCAUGGAAAAGGGGGACAAGGCCUACCUGCGACUGGAGAGGGGCAACCUGAUGGGAGGCUGGAAAUACUCCACCUUCUCCGGCUUCCUGGUCUUCCCCUUGUGAACAAACUGCAAGUCAAAUGUUUGUGAUGGUCAUAGAAGGAAUUUUGUUGGAGUUGAGAGAGAAAAUUGACUUUUUCGUGCAAAGUUCGAGAAAGCAAAACUAUUCCUUAACGGAGAGAAAAGGGAACGGGUGAAGAAGAAGCAGUAGACUAAAUUUGCUUUGCUUGUGCGUACAGUAUAUCCAUUUAUUGAGUUUGUAUGACUGAUAUUGGAGUCGUGAACAGUACAAUUAUUGAGUAACC